GAAGUGGGUCCGCCGCGGCCGGAGCCGCCCGGGGAGCCGCGGACCGCGAGGCCAGCCGACCGCGCCCGCGCGCGCGCCGCCCCCGCCCGCCAUGGCCCGGGACUACGACCACCUCUUCAAGCUGCUCAUCAUCGGCGACAGCGGUGUGGGCAAGAGCAGUUUACUGUUGCGUUUCGCAGACAACACUUUCUCAGGCAGCUACAUCACCACAAUCGGAGUGGACUUCAAGAUCCGGACCGUGGAGAUCAACGGGGAGAAGGUGAAGCUGCAGAUCUGGGACACGGCCGGGCAGGAGCGCUUCCGCACCAUCACUUCCACGUAUUAUCGGGGGACCCACGGCGUCAUCGUGGUUUAUGACGUCACCAGUGCAGAGUCCUUCGUCAAUGUCAAACGGUGGCUUCACGAAAUCAAUCAGAACUGUGACGACGUGUGCCGGAUAUUAGUGGGGAAUAAGAAUGACGACCCCGAGCGGAAGGUGGUGGAGACAGAAGAUGCUUACAAGUUCGCUGGGCAGAUGGGCAUCCAGUUGUUUGAAACCAGUGCCAAGGAGAACAUCAAUGUGGAAGAGAUGUUCAACUGCAUCACAGAGCUGGUCCUUCGAGCCAAGAAAGACAACUUAGCAAAACAGCAGCAGCAACAACAGAACGACGUGGUGAAGCUCACGAAGAACAGUAAACGAAAGAAACGCUGCUGCUAAUGCCCCCAGCCCACCGCAGAGACUGCACUGUGGCCCGCGGGCCCUAGGGGACAGGCGCAGUUUUGUGCCGUUAUUUAAAGAAUCCUCUCCACGUUUUUUGUAUCGGGAGGCGCCAUCGGCACUUCCGCCCCUCCCCCCUUGAGUGCCAAGAAGGUGUUGGACAAGCCCGCCCUGCCCUUCUGGUGCCCCUGCUCCCCGGCCAAGGUGCUCGGGCCCGGCGAGGACAAUGCCAGCUGAGCGAACUGAUUAACCAGAUUUUGUACAUAAUGUAUAUUGCUUUAACCAGCCACAUCACCUUCGUCCUGCUCAGGCUUUUGCCUCCAUAAUGCCAACCUGCUGCAACAGACCCUUCCUGCCCCGCCCCGCCCGCCCCGCCCCGUCUUUCUUCAGCAGCCUCUUGAGACCGGAUCGUGUCCUCGCUGAGCUUCCACCAGCCAGGAAACGCAGAGUGGGUCCCAGGCCUCCCGCUCGCUUCUGCAGGCCGCAGCCGUACUUGGCACGAAGGGUCUCUCCAGGGCGUGAGCUGUCUGUUCCCAGCCCGUCUCUCCCCCCGCAGCAGGAGUCACGCCUGCCCUUUGGCCAACAGAUCUUGUGUCCUGCCCUCUAGAGGCCCGAGCUGCAAACCCAGGGAAGCCCUGGCUUCUAAUUUAGACCACCAAAUCGCAGUUCCCACAGGAAGGGUGUGUAUGUGCCGGGACAGGGCUUGAGGGUGGCUGCGGGGCAUUAUUUUGACUGAUAAAAUGAAGCCAAAUCAAAUUCAGUUCCUCAUCCUUAUUUUCCUGAGCGGCAAGAGUGGCCUCCCCGCUCUGGGGCCAGUGUUUUUAGAAAAGUGAAUGGCUUCCUGUCAUUGUGGGUUCUUGGCAAAGCAGCUCUGCCUUCCUGGCCGCUUUUUGGGGAAGGAGGGGCCUCCCACCUCGUCUCUGCUGGUCCAGGGCCUCCAGGGGGCUCCUGGGUCUCGGCGCAGGGGUAUGCGCCAGGGCUGCUGCCUUGGAGCUGGCGGCAAGGGAGGUUGGCAGCACUGGCGGCACUUGCUUCCGUGCUAAGUAGCUUGAGGAUUUCUUAGUGGCUGGGAAAGGCCAAUCCCACUAUGGCUGGGGGCCAGCUCUGCCCCACCUCUGUCCCCUGGAGGAGAAACCGGGGUCGCCUGCACUUGAUUUCCGCUGCCCCCUCAGGACACUUCAUCCCCCUUUCCCCUAAAAAGGAUCACGUUACCUGGGAAUAACUGAAUUCAGCAUCAUGAUGUGUUUUAUGAGAUUUCUUUUUUCUAGGCGAUUUCCAGGCAAAGCUCUGAUUGGACAAUCAUCACAGAUUACGUUGCAGAUUUUCCAUGUUAACAUUGUUGAUGGGUUUUUAAUCAAUAAAAGAGCUGGGGUUUCUUCUGACCCGUCUCUCCACUUCCCGAAACCGCCAACGGCCUGAGGCUGUGACAGGCCUCCCUGCCCGGACCAGAGGCGGCCUGGGCCUGGGAACUUGGUGCUCUGGGGGGUGCCGCAGGGCAGCCCCAUCUGGUUGGCCAGGAACUGCAGUGUGGCCUUGGCCUUGCUCCCAGGGCCGGGCCCUUCUGGCGGCUAUUCUGGGUCCGGGGAGGCUGUGGCCUACUCCAUCAGGCGUUCAGGCCGUGCCAGUGUGGCAGUAAGCAAUAAGAGGGUGGGCGUCUUGGAAGCUUCCAGCAGACUAGACUCCACCGUGGCUCAUGACAGCUGGACCUCCAGACCCAGGUGGUGGGUGAUUUGGCGACAGUGUGCCUGUUCUGCUGAAUGUCACGCGCAUGAUUUGGGGGUGAGGGAGGGGGGCUCGGAGGGCUGGAUCGAUGUCCUGGUGGCUCUGAUGUGAAAUUCCUGUCGAACAGCUAAACUUUUCAAUGGUUUGCUAGGAAUAUUUCUGUAUUGAAAGUUUCUAAUUAUGCUUUUUUAAAAAAUACUAAAAAUAAAGGUUCAAGCUGCCA